UCGUAAACGCAGUUCUAACGGCACCAACAUUCAAACUACUAGCGUUCGCGUCGGGUUGUUUUGUGGCAGGAGGGUACGAGCGUCUGCUGAUUAAACAUUUUGCUGUCUUUUUUCAGCCUUUCAGGUUGUGGUAGGAGGCAUUGGUUGGAAGCAAGUUUUCUGUGUGAAUAUGGAAGGGGACUCUGCUGAUGCAUACAGAUGGGAUGCCCCUUCUCAUGUUAUGGAGUCUAUAGAUGAUUUUGCCCUGGACCCUCAGGAUAAUGCUGACCAGUGGUUUGAGUUGAAGGCAACUCCUAAAAGUGGCACUGUGGAACAGCUCACCACCCCUUUACGGACCGCAAAGCCAUUUGAUGAAAUCCCCAAUACCAACAGACCCAACGCUGUGGUGUCUCCCCUGGUCAAACAAGAUGAGAUGACAAGCUCAGAUGUCAAAGAAAGCACCUGUACAGAGGUCCCAUCUAACAUAGUCGCAUCAUGGGGGAACGUCAAAACUGCAGCUGCUCCUGGUCAGGGCCAGAAAUCUGUUCCUGCUCAACCACGCAGAGUGUCCAAACGGCCUGUGCCUAGAAACGAAAAGCCUACAACACCCCCUCUUGUCAAGAAAAGAAGAAGCUCAACAUCUAGAACUGUGCGACGCAGUGGUGCUGGUGCGAGGAGCAGUGUCCGGCUGAGAAGCAAACCAGCCAUUGCCUCAAAGACCUCAGAUACUGCCUUUGCCUCCAACACUACACAGCAGAAAAGCACCGAACAGCAAGAGCUGGAACGCAUCGAGGCACUGCAGAAAGAGGUGGCAGAACAGCGUCGGAAGAAUGAGGCCAGCUACAGGGCUGCACUGGCAGGCAGUCAGCUUCCUAAGAAGCAUGUGCUGUCCACCACCAUUCCCAAAGAGUUCAACUUCCGCUCGGAUAGCAGGCUGAAGAACCACAUGGAUGGAGGCUCUGCAGAAGACGACUCGUACAAGGAGGUGAACUUCACCUCUCAGCUCCGCAAGCACCCACCUUCCCCUUUGAAGGCUCCAAAGGGAACAACCAUUCCCAAACCCUUCAACCUCUCCAGAGGCAAGAGGAAACUUGAUGAAGCAGGAGCCUAUGUGCCGAUGGCCCAGCAGAUUGAGCAGUUUCAGAAACGCACUCCCACCCGCUAUCACCUGCGCAGUCGGCAGAGCCAGGAAAGAGGACCAUCACCAGUGAAGGCUGAGAAGCCAAAAAUCACACACCCCAAAACACCACAGCUACUGACUCGUCAGAGACAUCGUCCCACAAUGGUGAAAAGCACUGCAGAAAUUGAGGCUGAGGAAGCAGAAAAAAUGCAACAGUUUAAGUUCAAAGCUCUAGAACUCAACAGGAAGAUUCUAGAAGGGGCUUUGGUUCCUAAAAAGCCAGGUAGGAAAGAAGUUACCAAGCCUGAGGGCUUCCAGCUGGAGAUUGAGAAGCGACUUCAGGAGCGGCAGGCCAGUAGGAAGCCUGAGGAAAAAGAGGACCACACAUUCCAUCCCAGACCGCUACCAACUCGAAUUCUGGAAGAAGUUGUGGGUGUCCCAGAGAAGAAAGUUCUAAAUCCAACUGUUCCAGAAUCACCUGCAUUUGCUCUUAAAAACCGUGUGCGAAUGGAAAAGAAAAAAGAAGAGGAGAAGCCUCCUGCUCCAAUUAAGGCACAUGCUGUGCCCCACUUCCUGCCCUUCCAGCCCAAACUGCCAGUCAAGAGCCAGGUAGAAAUGUGCCCUUUCUCAUUUGAGGAACGUGAGCGUGAACGAAGGGUCAUGAAGGAGAAGAAACUGGAUGAAAUGAGAAAUGAAGAGCUACCCAAGUUCAAGGCCCAACCCCUUCCUGACUUCCAUGAAGUGCACCUCCCUGAGAAAAAGGUAGUAGAGCCCACCAAACCUGCUCCUUUCAAGCUGAUGGUUGACGAACGAGGAGCGGCAAAGGGUGACCGCUGGGAGCUGAUGAUGAAAGAGGAGUUGAAACGACAGGCUGAAGCCGCAUGUUUUAAGGCACGACCAAACAAUGUAAUGCACAAAGAACCAUUUGUACCGAAAAAGGAGAAUCGCUCCAUCUUGGGUAUGUUGUGGCAGGUGGUUUUUGUAAUCUUUCCAAUUAGUGUUGCACUACACAUUUUUGAAGACUAUGCAUUUGCUUUUUCUUAA